CUUCUGACGUGUCCAAUUUGGUCUGCUUAUCGGGGCUCCCUCUCCCCGUGGAAAGAAAGUUGGCGAGCUUGACAGAGAGAGUCCGUAUACCGUGUGAGUUGUGAUUUCAGGGGAUUUUCUGUAAUGGCAGGGAAAAAAGGAGAAGAGGAGAAGAAGAUAGGAAGGAGAGGGAGGGCGUGCGUGGUGGUACUGGGGGACCUGGGCCGCAGCCCUCGGAUGCAGUAUCAUGCUCUCUCACUCGCCCGUCAGGUAUCUCUAGAGGUGGACAUUGUUGCAUAUGGAGGUUCUGAGCCCCACAUUGCAGUUUUAUCUCACCCAUCUAUACAUAUUCACACAAUGACACAGUGGCCAAUUACCCCUCAAGGCUUACCGAAGAUAUUUCGCCCCAUAAUGCUUUUGCUCAAGCCGUUAAUUCAGUUUUUCAUGCUUCUCUGGUUUCUUUGUGUAAGGAUACCUUCUCCUGAUGUUUUUAUUGUGCAGAAUCCUCCUUCUGUUCCAACCUUAGUGGUUGUAAAAUGGGCAAGCUCGCUGAGGCAUUCUGCAUUUGUGAUUGAUUGGCAUAAUUUUGGAUAUACACUGCUUGGCUUGUCCCUUGGGAGAAGUAGUUGUUUUGUCUCUGUAUAUCGUUGGUUUGAGAAACGUUAUGGGAAGAUGGCAGAUGGUUCCCUAUGUGUGACAAAGGCAAUGCAACAUGAACUGGCUCAAAAUUGGGGGAUUCAAGCUACUGUGUUGUAUGAUCAGCCUCCUGAGUUUUUUCGUCCUGCUUCGCUUGAGGAAAAGCAUAAGUUAUUUUGUAGAAUAGAUAAAAAUCUCUGCGAACCUCUUGGAGUACGGGAUUAUGUCCACAAUGGUACGCGAAGUUUAGGAAUAGGGAACCAUGCCCUAAACGAGACCCUGUUUACUACCCAGGUUGGCACUGACAUUUUCUUGAAGCCAAACAGGCCAGCACUUGUUGUAAGCAGUACGAGCUGGACCCCAGAUGAGAAUUUUGGCCUUCUCUUAGAAGCAGCACUAAUGUAUGACAGGCGUGUUGCUGCAAUAUUAAAUGAAGAUGAUUCAACCAAUGAAGAGGUUAUCUGGAAGGAAAUCUCUGAGGGAAAACAAUACUUGUACCCUAGGUUGUUGUUCAUCAUUACAGGUAAAGGGCCUGAAAGGGAAAAAUAUGAAGAGAAAAUAAGGAGGUUAAACCUCAAACGUGUGGCAUUUCGUACUAUGUGGCUGUCAGCUGAGGAUUACCCAUUGCUUCUUGGAUCGGCAGACCUGGGCGUUUGUCUGCACACUUCCUCAUCAGGGUUAGACCUUCCAAUGAAGGUUGUGGAUAUGUUUGGUUGCGGACUGCCUGUUUGUGCUGUUUCCUACUCUUGCAUUGAAGAACUUGUAAAAGUUGAGAAAAAUGGCUUACUCUUUUCAUCAUCUUCAGAGCUAGCUGAUGAACUCUUGAUGCUCUUCAAGGGUUUUCCAGAUGGAUGUAACGCUUUGAAGUUGCUGAGAAAUGGAACCUUGGAAAUGGGUUCAUCUGCAAGGUGGGCUGCCGAGUGGGAAGCGCAUGCCAAGCCAUUAGUAUCUGAGGUUAUCUCUCAGAACUUUGAUUAAUUUUUGGUAUCUGGCUAAAGAUUACAAUGUUGUAAUAUUAGCAAUUUCAGUUAACGGUCGCAUCUUUUGUAUUAUACUAAAAGGUUAGCUACUUUUAUAUGUUGAGUUGAUAUCUCAGGAAAACUGGAUGUCCUGAGUUGGAAUUUUCAUCUGUUGGAUUUUUUUUUUCCUGUCUUAAAGAACUGAUAGUAAACUACUUGACUGUAAUGAAAAUUGAAAAAUAGAUUUUGAUUAACUAAAAUUUCUGGUUAA